AUGACCUCAACUCCACAACCUAGAUCUCAUUCUCAGGAUGAGCCAUUUGGAAGCCCCAGCCAAGCAAUGAGUUACUUUGAAGGACGACUCGAACUAUACAAGCAAAGUCGUGAGAAUCCAGCAAAUAAUUCCUUGCCAGAAGUAUUGCACGAAUUUCUUAUAUCGAUCGGCAAGAACACUGAAGCCUCAUUGGAUCAAUACCUGAAGGUCUCAGGUUUGUUUCAGAUACCUUUAACGCCAUGCGAACAAACUGCAUACAAGAAAUACGAAAAACGAUACCGGUGCCUCGAUACUAACCAGGUACUUUUCCUGAUUCACCAAGAGUUUCUGGUCCGAAAUCCGGUGCCUCUAGAUUCACCGUACAAUAUGCGCUCCAAUAAAGAGAAGAUUCGUAUAAUCAUGAGCUCAAUUCUCUGGAUGGAAGAAAUGUUUCCUGCUAUGGAAUUCGAAUCCUGGAAAGUGUGCUUCCUCAAGUUCUCAAGAGAUACAAUUAAAGAAGACCUUGAUUGGCUCUGCCUAUACCGCCAGCGUAAAUUCUUGGCUGGCAAAGCAUUACCAAGGGAAGACGACGAGAUUCUCAAGAGGUUCUGGGAUUGGUUUGAAUUGAAUGAGCUGGAUUUGGUUAAGAUGGCAUUUUUCAUGGCUAAAAAGGGAGUAUUCAAAGAUGUAUUGAAUAAUCUGGGGCGCUUAGGUCGCAUCAUUCAGGAGCUGAAAAGGGUGAUCGAGUUACCUCGCCCCUUAGGACCAAAGACAUAUUGGAAAUUCGAUGAUAUAGUGACUCAGGAGCUAGAAGUUAGCGAAAGUUAG